GCUGAGCCCCGCCGCCCUGCUCACCGCCCGGCCGCCGCCGGGACCCCCGCGGAGGCUCGGCUCCCCCAGACUGCCCUCGCUGUCGGCGCCCAGGCGCGUGCCCACCAUGCCCGUGGUCGGUGUCCUGCUCUGGGCCACCCUGCUGACUCUGGGCUGGCGGGCUGCCCACCCCAAAGACCACGGCUUCGCUACGCCCAGGGUUCAGCUCUCCUUCAAAGAGCUGAAGGCCACGGGCACAGCACACUUCUUCAACUUCCUCCUCAACUCCAGUGACUACCGCAUCCUGCUGAAGGAUGAGGACCACGACCGCAUGUACGUGGGCAGCAAGGACUACGUCCUCUCGCUGGACCUCCACGACAUCAACCGCGAGCCCCUCAUCAUCCAUUGGCCUGCGUCCCAGCAGAGGAUCGAGGAGUGCAUCCUAUCAGGCAAGAACAGUAAUGGGGAGUGCGGCAACUUCAUCCGCCUGAUCCAGCCCUGGAACCGGACACACCUCUACGUGUGCGGCACUGGCGCCUACAACCCCAUCUGUGCCUUCGUCAACCGCGGGCGCAAAGCCCAGGGGUUCCCGCCGAGCCAGCCGGGAGGCCGGGGAAGCAGAUCCACCGACAGCCCCCUCAGCCCGAGACCAGCACAAAGCAAGGAUUAUAUCUUCUACCUGGAGCCAGACAAGCUGGAGUCGGGCAAGGGGAAGUGUUCCUACGACCCCAAAGUAGACACUGUCUCUGCAUUAAUAAAUGAAGAGCUUUAUGCUGGCGUCUACAUCGACUUCAUGGGCACGGACGCAGCCAUCUUCCGCACCAUGGGCAAGCAGACAGCCAUGAGGACAGACCAGUACAAUUCCCGCUGGCUCAAUGACCCAGCCUUUGUCCGUGCCCAGCUCAUCCCUGACAGCAGCGAGAGGAAUGAUGACAAGCUCUACUUCUUCUUCCGAGAGAAGUCGGCGGAUGCCCCACUGAGUCCUGGGGUCUAUUCCCGCAUCGGGCGCAUCUGCCUGAAUGACGAUGGGGGCCACUGCUGCCUAGUGAACAAGUGGAGCACCUUCCUGAAGGCCCGGCUCGUCUGCUCUGUGCCGGGACCCGAUGGAAUUGAAACGCACUUCGACGAGCUCCAGGACGUCUUCAUCCAGCAGACUCAGGACACCAAGAACCCUGUUAUCUACGCUGUGUUCUCCGCUUCGGGGUCGGUCUUCAAGGGCUCUGCUGUGUGUGUCUACUCGAUGGCUGACAUCCGCAUGGUCUUCAAUGGGCCCUUUGCCCACAAGGAAGGACCCAACUACCAGUGGAUGCCCUACACAGGAAAAAUGCCCUACCCCCGACCAGGCACCUGCCCUGGGGGGACCUUCACCCCAUCCAUGAAGUCGACCAAGGACUACCCUGACGAAGUGAUCAACUUCAUGCGCGCGCACCCGCUGAUGUACCACGCCGUGUACCCCACGCACCGCCAGCCGCUGGUGGUGCGCACCAACGUCAACUACCGCUUCACCACCGUGGCCGUGGACCAGGUGGACGCGGCAGACGGGCGCUAUGAGGUGCUUUUCCUGGGCACAGAUCGGGGCACCGUACAGAAGGUCAUUGUGCUCCCCAGGGAUGACAUGGAGACAGAGGAGCUCAUGCUGGAGGAGAUUGAAGUGUUCAAGGUGCCAGCACCCAUCAAGACGAUGACCAUCUCCUCCAAGAGGCAACAGCUGUAUGUGUCCUCGGCCGUAGGCGUGACCCACCUGGCCCUGCACCGCUGUGACGUGUACGGGGAGGCCUGUGCUGACUGCUGCCUGGCCCGGGACCCCUACUGCGCCUGGGAUGGCAGCGCCUGCACCCGCUACUCCGCCUCCUCCAAGAGGCGGAGCCGGCGGCAGGACGUCCGGCACGGCAACCCCAUCCGGCAGUGCCGCGGCUACAACUCCAACGCUAACAAGAACACGGUGGAGGCCGUGCAGUACGGGGUGGAGGGCAGCACAGCCUUCCUGGAGUGCCAGCCCCGCUCGCCCCAGGCCAGCGUCAAGUGGCUGCUGCAGAAGGACAACAGCGACCGGCGGAAAGAGCUGCGGGUGGAGGGCCGGGUGCUGCGCACGGAGCAGGGCUUGCUGCUGCGCGCCCUCCAGCUCGGCGACAGCGGCCUCUACUCCUGCACCGCCACCGAGAACAACUUCAAGCACACGGUGACCAAGGUGCAGCUCCGCGUCCUCAGCAGCCGCGCCGUCCACACCGUGCUGGUGCAGGCGGAGACCCCCCCCGGCCUGCCGGGCGCCCCCACUCCCCGCUACCAGGACCUGCUGCAGCUCCUCAGCCAGCCUGAAAUGGGACUCCUGGACCAGUACUGCCAGGGCUACUGGCGCCACACGGCCGCCAGCCCCCCGCAGCCGCUGGCUGGCCUCAAAGCCAAGGAGCAGCAGGACCAGAAGAAGCCUCGAAACCGCCGGAAUCACCAGCCAGAGACCUAUGGGCAUACAUGAAACCAUCAUCAGGGACUUUGCUAGCACAGUGGUCUAUUUUUCCCCCCUUUUAAUAUUAAAAAUA